AUGAAUGAAGCUGAAGCACUUCAAAAGAAAUACAAAGAUGGUCGCGUGCCACUCUUCAAUUGUGAAACAAACACAAAUGAAUACGAACGUGGCUGGGUAUGUAAUGCUAGAAAUAUUCAAACAUCAGCUAUAUUUGAUUAUGGCCAUCCUCCCAUAAUUAUUGUAAGUAUUAAAUCAUUUUCAAGAAGAAUUGAUGAAGGCUAUGAACCAAAUGAAGUCCGACUUCGUGAUCUUAAAGACACCAUCAGAAUCAGUUCUAUUAAUCAAUGA